UUCCCAUGUUAUCCACCAGCAAUUAAUCAACAGAUUUUGAUUAAAGGUGGUAUUGGAAAAUCUGAAUUAGAAACUGUGGUGCUAAUUCAGUUCUUGUUGGUUUUGAAGCCUUUUUUUCAGCUCAAUCCUUUGUCAAUAAAGAAUAAUGGAGAGUUGUAGUAUUUUAAAAGUAAGUAGCCAUUACUGCAGUGUAACAGUAAAAUGUGCAACAAGAAAGUUGUGUUUCUUUGUAAAUGAAGAUGCCCAAGAUAUUUGGUAUCAGUUUAUAACCUUUUCAGGUGAAUUACAAGCAAAAUGGUUGGCCAAAGUGUGACCAAUAACCAGAAGAGAGAACAUGCAAUGGUAUAUUUGUUCUAAAAAUAAUGAUUGUUACAUUAGGAGUAAUAUGUUUCCAUUUUUUGUAUUGUAUCCAGCAUGCAUACAAAUUCAUGUGGCCUUCCUAUAACUGUGCUUCCAUCGCCAGACAGUGAACCAUGUAAUGAAAAAUAUAACCUCAAACUGAAGCCGAUAAUUUUUAUCAAGAUGAUGGUCCGGUAACUGGUGAUUUCUGUCGUAAGUUGGCGACGCCGAAUGCGUUUGUAAACUGUGAGUACUAUCGUACAGUGUUUUGUUGGACGUAUUAUCGUGAAAUGAGUUUUCUUAUUAGUCGAAGGUACAUUUUUACCUGUGUACAGUAUAUUUUAGUGAAUGGAUAUUCCGUUCGGGAAGCAAGUUGUCUCCGAAGAGCUGUUCGGAGUUUAAAUAAUGUGCCACUUCUAGAAACAGAAUGUGUGUCACCUACUCAAGUGACAUCUGACAACCAAUAUGACAGUCUGGCUGGUGUUGUAACCCCACUGUGGCAGGUGCCCUACCAGGAGCAAUUACAGAUUAAGUGGAAAUGGAGUCAGACUGUUUUGGAGAACUUUGUGAAGAAAUUACGUGACCAAACUAAGAGGAAGAAAGUCAAGAAGAUUUCAUAUAAACUGCAUCAAGUGAAGCCUUCACCUGUUACAGAAGGUUACCGCAACAAGGACGAGUUCAGCAUUCAGAUUGGGAUUGAUGGAUGUGUCAGAGGGACACAUCUCAUUAACAUGCGACAGAGUCACAAACAAGUCGCGCAGGCAUAUGAAGACUACAUCCGGUUAUCUCCAUUGCCUGCAUGCCUUCAUCUCCAAGAUGGUGGACACUGGCGUAGUCUGGUGGUGCGUUCCAGUGAGGAGGGUCAAAUCAUGGCCAUUGUUGUUUUUAACCCACAAAACUUGGAGCAGGAGAGAUUGGAAGAAGAGGGCGCCAAGCUCCGAGACUUCUUCCUUCAUGGAUCCGGAGCACGGUGCAAUCUUUCCUCUCUCUACUUUCAGCCUUGUCGACAUACACGUUGCACCGCAGAUCAGGCUCCGUACACGCUUCUGUUCGGAGACGCGCACUUGACGGAGAGGUUGGGAGACUUCAGGUUCCAGAUAUCGCCCGAUUCGUUCUUCCAAGUAAACACUGCUGCCGCAACUGUGCUGUAUAACACGGUGUUUGAGCUGGCUGGCCUCACUCAAAUGACGACACUGCUCGACGUAUGCUGUGGCACUGGUACAGUGAGCAUCCUCGCAUCUCGUCACGUGAGAGGUGCAGUUGGUGUGGAAUCAGUAUACAGUGCAGUCACAGAUGCCAGAAAGAAUGCCCUCGCUAAUGGCGUCUACAAUGUGGAGUUCAUACCAGGCCUUGCUGAGAAGAAAAUUCCAAAAAUCAUCACAGAAUUGGGAAUGGCAUCAGAUAUAGCUGCUGUUGUGAAUCCUGGUCGCAGUGGUUUGCAUCAUCAGGUUGUGAAAGCCCUGUGCAGCUGCCAGCAGAUCCGUCAUGUGGUGUAUGUAUCCUGCAAGGCAGACAGUCCCAACACCAUGUCCAACUUCAUACAGCUCUGUGACAAGGGGCAGUUCUCACUGAGCCAUGUCGUACCAGUUGAUCUGUUUCCGCACACGCUGCACACUGAACUUGUGAUGGCAUUCAACAGGUGACAAGUUUCAGUAGGAACAAUUCUUUCCAGUGGAAGACGAAAAAAUAUUAGUGCUCUAUCAAUAAGGUAUCUUUAACGUCUUAAGCAUCUGUUUCAGCAGUUCUGCAUCAUUUUGAGAUUAUUAGGGUCAUGAAAUGAGAAAAGAACUUGACCAACCUGGAUGUGGAUGGAUUUAAAGUGGAUCUUAGAUAGGGUCUGAAAGUGUGGAUUGCAGUAGUUAGGACAGGAGAAUUUUUGUAAUGAACCUUUGUUACAUAAAAGCAGGGAGUAUCUUUACCACCUGAA